ACCAGGAUGGUAAAAUAAAAAGUAAAAUCUAAACUAAAAGAUAGUAGAAGAUGUUUUAAAAUAUGAUCAACAAACAGAUUUUAUGUUUCAUCUCAAAUAUCUGAUAACAGAACUUAGUUAGUUGUACUAAAUUAAACUAAAACAUAAAAUAAUCUGCUGUAAUGUUUAACAUUAUAUAUGUAUCAGUUUGUUUUGUGGUUCCACCUGCUUAAUAUUUACCAGACAUGAAGGUGACGGCGGAGGAGCAGCGGCAGGUGGAGGAGCAGGUGGAGAGGCUGCUGAGCGGCCAGGGCUCAGAGGUGGGCGUCUGCGACGUGGGCCUGGAGCUGAGCAAGCCCGCCGCUCUGAGGAAGAACGUCACCUACAUCGUCUGCGGCGUCAUCUUCAACGACAAGGAGGAGGUGCUGAUGGUGCAGGAGGCCAAGCAGGACUGCUACAAGCAGUGGUACCUCCCUGCAGGGAGGGUGGAGGUGGGGGAGAGCCUGGAGGAGGCGCUGAGGAGGGAGGUGAAGGAGGAGGCGGGGCUGGACUGCGAGCCAAUCACACUGCUGCUCAUCCAGGAGCAGGGACCUCAGUGGAUCCGCUUCAUCUUCACAGCCAGGGUGACAGGAGGAAGUUUGAAGACCCUGUCGGCAGCAGAUCAGGAGUCUCUUCAGGCCUCCUGGUGGGACAGAGAGUCCUCCCUCCCCCUCAGAGGACGGGACAUCCUUCGUCUCAUGGAAUACGGACUCAAGUACCAUAGGAAUCCCUGGCAUCCUGUCACUCUCCCUCUGGACCUGAGCUGCCGUCAUGUGAUCCAGAGGCUGGUCCUGGUGUUUGUCGGCGCCACAGAGCAGAUCUGGGUCCUGCUGGUGCGAGCAUCAGCGAUGGCUCCCAAGGUGGACGUGCCGGUCUACGAUCUGUCCCUGAUCCGCGGGCUCUGGGAGGUCCGGGUGAAGAAACACAGACAGAAACAGAAGAAGGAGCAGGAGAGGGUUGAACAGAGCGCUUUGGCCCGGAUUGAUCAGGAGUGGCAGUACCGGAUCUACUGCAAGACCCUGAAGACCAAAGAACUGAACCAGCUGCACCAUUACCUGGAGAGAUCCACUCUGAAGGAUUUACAGUCUCAUAAAACUGAUGUACAUCAGUACACAGGAGACCAGAACCAGGAUCAGGAUCAGGAUCAGGAAGCCCAGCAGGAUGAGAAAGAUCCAGACCAGAACCAACUGAUCCUCAGACUGGACGGGGAUCGUUGGCUGGACUUCCCCCGGGAGCUGCAGUGGAGGACCUACCUGCAGGAGUGGCACAUCAGGGGGACGAGGAUCCGCCAGCUCCCAGACUACCUGACCCUGUUCACUCAGCUCACCGUCCUCGAGGUUCCAAAGAACGCCAUCAUCGAGCUGCCACCAGAGAUUGGUAAGCUGACGGAGCUGAGGACGCUGAACAUCAGCUACAACCGUCUGUCCAGAGUUCCUCCAGAGCUCGGGGACUGCCAGAAGCUGGAGAGACUGGAACUGGCAGGAAACCACAACCUGUCCGAGCUGCCCUUUGAGCUCAGCAGCCUGAAGCAGCUGGUCCACCUGGACAUAGCGGAGAACAGGUUCAUCUCCAUCCCCAUCUGUGCCUUGAGGAUGACCAGCCUGCAGCUUCUGGAUCUGAGCAACAACCAACUGAGCGACCUGCCACAGGACAUGGACAGGCUGGAGCAGCUCGUCACCUUGUACGUCCACAAGAACAACUUCUCUUACCUUCCCCUGUGCCUCACCAACAUCUCCACCCUGAAGAUGGUGGUGGUCAGCGGCGACGAGCUCACCUGCGUUCCCACCAAACUGUGCAGCAGCCCAGACAUCAAGUUUAUCCGUCUGUACGACAACUCGUCCAGUGAAAGGAAGAGGAGGAAGAAAAAGGAGGAGGAGAAGAAAAGGAAGGAGAGGAGAAGAAGGUGGAGGGAGCAGGAGGAGGAGGUGAAGGACAGCAGAGAGAAGGAGUUCAUGGAGGCGUACAUCAGCUCGCUGAAGGACAGAGACACCGUCCCCUUCUCCACCACCAAGGUGUCCAUCUCCUGCCUGCUGUGAGGAAGAGGAGGAAGAGGAAGGCCUGACGCUGUGUGGUGGCAUGGAGCACUUUCAGAAUAAAGCUGCAGGAAGUUUGUUUGAAAGAAGACACGCUAACAUGCUAACAGUGGCUAACUGCAUGAAGGUUCGUUAAAAACUU